UAACGUCCCAACUCAAAUUCUGUUUAACAAGCUUUCCACUGUCUCCCACUGUUGGACUCUUCGCCGUUAUCAAGGUAUUUCAAUCUCUUCUCUGCUUCACUAUACAACCCUAUCAUAUACGGAGUAUACUUCUAUCAGGUUCAGGACCUAGCUAGAAUUAUGCAAUCAUCAGGAGGCUCUACCCUUGCUGUGGAGAAGCCCAUUUUUAACCCGUUACGCCCGAGCGAGGUGUCAGGUGGGGAAGUCCAGUUCCGUAAGAUUUCUGUUCCAUCCCACCGCAUUAAGCCUCUUAAGGAUGCAUGGUAUGAUGCAAACAAUGAGAAGGAGAGCAUUUACUAUCAAGCCUUCAGUGAGAUGAAGAUCGACAUCCGUAUGAAUCUCAAGACUCGUAAGGUUGAGCUUAAGACGCGCCACGACACACCUGAUAUCAGCCACUUGCAGAAGUGUGCAGAUUUCAUUCAUGCUUUCAUCUUAGGCUUUGAUCUUAAAGAUGCAAUGGCACUGUUGCGGCUGGAUGAGGUCUAUGUGGACACUUUUGAGAUUAAGGACGUGAAGACCCUGAGAGGAGAGCACAUGUCCCGUGCUAUAGGGAGGUUGUGUGGUAAAGGUGGGGAUACAAAGUUUGCUAUAGAGCUGUUACAUCCCGGCUUGGAGAAAGGCUCUAGCCAGGGCCAUUUUUUGACAUGUUCAAAAGGUCAUUUGGAACAGGGGCCACCAAAAUUGGGUGCCCCAAUUUUUUUAAUAUUAGUAUUAUAAUAUAGUUAUAUUAUAUAGUAUUAAUAGGCAGUUAUUUAAAAUCAUGUUUUUUUUAUAUAUGAACACUUGAACACAAUUAAUUUUGUUGAACUAUGUGAGUUUGUUAUUAUAUGUAAUUUUAUUUUUAUUCUUAUAUGUAGG